CAAAUGACCUUGUUUACUUGUUUGUCUAAAUGUCUACUACUGCUAUCCAUAUAUGCUAGCUUAUAAUACCAUACCCAACAUCUAAAAAUAGUUAUUUGUUAAAAAAUUUCUUUUGUUUUAACGAAAUGGCGAAAAGAUCAAAUCCAUUUAUCGAAGACUUCGUUCAACAAAGUAAAAUCCACGUGGGCAUGAAACAGUUUAAUAAUAAUGAGGAUAAAUUGAAAAAAGUUUACGAACGAACUUUGUUGCUCCUAUUCAAAGGCGCCAAAAAAUGUCCACCAGUGAUUAUAUCUGAAGAUACAGUGAACACUUCGGAAAAGCAAGGCAAAAUGAAGCAGUUGUUCAUUGGUAAAGACGGUGGACUCAUGCAUUCUGGUAGCAUGAAGUCUUCAUUACAGGUUCAAAGUAUGUCAGGGAUCAAGCAAUGCUCAUGUGGCAGUAAGGACGAGUCCCAGUGUGCCUACUGCGAGGUGAGCCUGUGCUGUGACUGCCAGCACAUGUGCAUCCGUUGCGAGAGACAACACUGCGCCUGCUGCACUAUGAUUGGGUCUGAGGGAGCAGAAGUGUGUGUGUCUUGUUAUAGUUAAUCAAAUAUACUUACUGUAUAGGUGAGUCUAUUACUGUUUCGUGGUGAUCUGUUUUAUUAUAAAGCGCAUAGUUACAAUAUUAAGAGAUAAUAUAAUUUAAGUAAAGAGUGCAGUAGUUUUUAAGCUCAAAAAGGCUGUAAUAUUUAGGAUUAUAAGAAAUAAAACACUAAAUAAGGUAA